AUGGCAGCAGCAAUCUCACCGCCGCCAAGUUACAUUAACCCUCCCGACUUGCAUCCGCCGUUGGGCUAUUCACAUGUCAGCACUGUUGGGGUUGCGACCAAAAGCGGGACGGUGGCCGGACAGGUCGGACAGGACUCAUCAGGACAGACUAGCCCGGCGUACGACACGCAGGUCGCCCAGGCGUUUGCAAAUCAACGGUCUUGUCUCGCCGCGGCGGGCACUUCGCCGACGAACGUCACCAAGCUCACCUACUACGUAGUGGACUACGACCCCAGUAAGCUUUCCGCUGUCGGAGAUGGUCUUCAAGCUACCUUCGCGUUGGACAGGUUCCCUCCCUGCACGCUUGUACCGGUCCCGGCACUGGCUUCCCCCGAGUUCCUCUUUGAGAUUGAUGCCACCGCAGUGGCACCAGACGAGUCAACUGCAGGCACAGUGUCGGACGUGGUCGUAAUCGGCGCUGGUCUGAGCGGGUUGGAAGCGGCUCGCAAGAUUCAAGCCGCGGGCCUGUCGUGCCUCGUGCUUGAGGCAAUGGACCGAGUGGGAGGGAAGACACUGAGCGUGCCUUCCGUCCCGGGCAGAGCAACCAUCGACGAUGUUAGAGCUGCUUGGAUCAACGACACCAGCCAAAGCGAGAUGUACAAACUGUUCCAAAGAUAUCGUCUGGAGCGUGACUUUCAGAGGACAUCUGGAAACACUUUGCACCAGGAUCGAGACAGAACUGUUGCUGCGGCUCCAUAUGGGAACUCUCCACUGAGUGAGGAGGGUGCAGGUGCAGUCGCCAAGCUGUUGCCCGCAUGGUCUCGGUUGAUCGAAGAGCACAAUCUCGAGCACCCUGCAAUGAGUCCGCAAGCGGAGCGACUCGACGGUAUGAGCUUUGCGCGCUACCGCGAGGACGAGUCGAAGUUGCCCGCUGUCGUCGAGGUUGCAAACCAAAUCACUCGUGCUCUGCUUAGUGUGGAAGCUGAUGAGAUCAGCGCCCUUUUCCUGACCGACUAUAUCAAGAGUGCAACCGGCUUUACCAAUAUCGUCUCGGACAAGAAGGAUGGCGGACAGUAUAUACGGUGCAAAACAGGUAUGCAGUCAAUCUGCCACUACAUGGCGAAGGAACUCAAGCCGGGUUCGCUACAGCUUCAUACCCCCGUCGCUACGAUCCAACAGACGGAGCGCGGCUGUGUAGUACGAUCGUCCAUAGGCGCAGUCUUCCGGAGUAAAAAGGUGAUUGUUUCGGUGCCGACAACUUUAUAUCCCACCAUGACUUUCUCGCCACCUCUUCCGGCUAAAAAGCAGGCGUUAGCCGAGAACUCUAUCCUCGGCUACUAUAGCAAGAUGGUUUUGGUGUGGGACAAGCCAUGGUGGCGCGACCAAGGCUUUUCGGGCAUCCUGCAAUCUCGCGCCGGCCCUGCUUCAUUCACCAGAGAUACCAGCAUCGAAGCGGCUCAGCAAUGGUCAAUUAGCUGCUUUAUAGUCGGCAACCCGGGCCGGAGGUGGUCCCAACUCUCUCAAAUGAUGCGAAAGAAAUCUAUCUGGGACCAAUUCCGUGCAGCCUUCGAACACGCCGGGGCUCGGGUCCCAGAACCUAUCAACUUUAUUGGUCUAAGCAGCAAAACGUCGUUGGUUUGGAAAAGAUAUAUGGAGGGUGCCAUCCGGUCGGGUCAACGAGGCGCUGAUGAGGUGGUGGCCAGCCUGCUGUCGACAUCUGUCGCCGCCGAGGGCUAG